AUGCCUGUCACCGACAUGGGCCGCUCGGCGGUUCCUGGCCGCGGCGCGGCUGCAAAGGGAGAGGGCUCAGGGGUCAGUGCGGCGCUUGGAGAUGGAGGUUUACAUAGAGAAGGUGGGAGGGUGCGCGAUGGGGCGCAGAGGCUUGCACGACGGCCACCGCCUAAGUUCAGGAGGAAGGAGGGAGUGGCUGGUGGAGAUGGGAUAGGAGCUGAACUCAAGGAGCUUGGAAGUGCCUUGAGAGAUGCAAGCCUGGUCGAUUCCCCAGCACCCAACCCCCCAGUGACGAAUACCAAAACCCUACGAGCGAACGAAAAACCGAAUACAAUCCUCGAAGAGCUCUUCCCAGAAUACAAAGAAGCUCUCUCAAGCACCAACAACACCACUUCCAAACCCUCCACAGACGACCUCCCCAAACUCGACCCAAGCGCCCUCGGCCUCCCCCCAUCCACCUCCUGGAAGCCCCUCAACACCCCCAAACCCGACCGCCCCUUCCUCCACCCCGACCACCAACCUCCGACCUCCCCCUCUCUCGACCCGCACACCCUCCGCCAACGCCUCGCCGCCACUGUCCUCGUCAUCUCCAGCACUUCCCGCCACCUCGCCCUGAGCGACUUCAUCCGCCUCUCCCCGCGCGGCUCCCACAUCGAGGGCUGGACCUCAGGGAUUCAGCGCGUGAUUCCUGGCCGCGACCCAACGACGUUGGCAAGGCAAUCGCAUUACUUCGUCCUCUUCUCAACUGCAGCGGCGGCGCAGGCAUAUAAGGACAAUAUCGCGCGACUGCAUUAUCUGAGCCGCAAAUGGACGCCGACGUGCGCGACAAGCAGGAUGGCGCCGGUGCCAGGGGUGCUGGUUGAUGGGGAAGAUGUGGCUGCGCUCGUGAGCGCGUUUACGAUUGUGCCGAGCAGCCAGAAGUUACUGUUUAGUAAGGUGGUGAAGAAACCGUAUCGACCUGCGGUGGCACGGAUGAUUGAGACGGGGGGGUAUCAUCCGCUUAUUACGCCAGAGGCGGGACGGCAGGGGGAGAAUCUGGUGUUGGUGGGCUUGGAUCGAGGGAAGAUGAAUGCGUUUGAGCUUGGGCUUGCGAUUGGACUGGAUGGGAAGGAGAGGAAUUUGCAGUGGAGAUUGGAGGGAGGAAAAGAGGACAUUGUGUUAUUGGGGUCGAAGAGCGAUCCUAAGGUUGCGCAGGGGGAACAGGAUGAGGACGAGGAAGAGGGAUGGGAUAGCGAGGGUGGGGAGAGGCAGCGAGAGCAGAAGAAGGGGAAGGGGUUUAGGGGGCCGCCGAGGUUUAUUGUCAAGUUCAAGGAUAGUGCUGAGGCGCGACGGUUUGUGCGCGCGUGGCAUUCACGGAUACUGGAAGGGGAGGCGCUGGAGCGUCUUGCGAAGGCGGGAGUGGGGGAGCAGGCCCAGGUCAGCGCGGAGGUGCUGUGGUAGGGUGGCUGCGUGGGAGAUACUGUAUAUAUGUAUGAUAUGAGGAGUGUAUAUGUAGAAAAGGCAUAAGAUCAAUAAAACGUAUAAUAAUC